AUGUCAAUUGAUAAGGAAGUUUCAAUCGCUGUAGUUGGUGCCGGUGGUGUCGGCUCUUGCUUUUUACAGCAGUUGGCAUAUAUCUCGAAGAAUCACCCAAAAGUGCGCUUUCACCUCACCUAUGUCGCCAUCAUCGACAAAGCACUCUAUCACAAAGACUUCAGCGACAUUGAUAUAGAUACUGCUUUAUCCACACUAGAAGCGUCUGGAAGGCCGCUACCUACACUCGAUGUUGCUGUUGAUUACCUUGCCUCCAUUCCACGCAAAGUCGUCUUCGUCGAUAACACUAGCUCUCAAGGAAUUGCAGAGGCUUAUCCAGAAAUCUUAAGACGAGGAAUCAGCAUCGUUACGCCAAACAAGAAGGCAUUUUCAGGCACGUAUGAGCUGUGGCAACAGAUUUUUGAUGCAAGUCUGUCAACAGGAGCUCUGGUGUACCACGAAUCAUCUGUGGGAGCAGGCAUGCCCAUCAUUUCCACACUGAAAGAGAUGGUGGAAACAGGGGACAAGGUGCUAAGGAUCGAGGGCGUCUUUAGUGGUACAAUGUCCUAUCUCUUCAACUCCUUUGCGCCAAUCGCCGGAACGGGCGGCCGGUGGUCGGAGGAGGUGAGGAGGGCGAGGUCUCUUGGCUUCACUGAGCCGGAUCCCCGUGAUGAUUUGAACGGCCUUGAUAUCGCUAGAAAGCUGACCAUUCUCGGACGGUUGGCCGGGCUUCCUAUUGCUUCAGCCACAUCAUUUAGCGUGCAGAACUUGAUACCUGAAGAACUUAGAGGGACCAUGGACACUGAGGAAUUUCUACAAAAACUAGCCGAUCAUGACGACAAAAUGGAGCUUCUCAAAACAGAGGCCGAGGCGGCCAACAAAGUCGUCCGAUUUGUCGGCAGUGUUGAAGUUGCCACUGGGACUGCGAGUGUGGGCUUAAAGUGGUACAACCGCUCACAUCCCAUCGCUAAUUUGCAGGGCAGCGACAAUAUCAUUAGUUUUUAUACUGAAAGGUAUGGGUUGAAGCCACUUAUAAUCAGGGGUGCUGGAGCUGGAGGACAUGUUACUGCGAUGGGUGUGUCCGGCGAUUUAUUGAAAAUCGUCUCUCAGAUAGUCUAG